GCAUUAGAAAACUCAUCCAACGAAACUGUACCAUCAUUGUUCUUGUCAAAACGCUUGAAGAUCUUCUCUAGAGACAUUUUUAUUAUAGUAUAUAUAUGAUUUAUUUUGAUAUUCCUGAGACUUGUGGGAAAUAUGACACAUUAUGUUCUUGUAUUUAUAGGAUUUUAAAAUCCUACAUAAAAUCUAAUAAGUUGAUAGCCCAAUUAAUGAUUAACCAAACAGAAAUGUAUUAAGUAAGUGAUCUGAAUAUAAAUGAUUUACAUUUGCACACACAAAAAAAGAAUACAAAGGAUUUACAUUUGAUGUUAUCUUGUGAUUUGGAUAUGCUUAAAUGCAUUGUUAAUGUAUUGAGAAUUGGAUGACAUAAUUAAACAUAUACUAAUAUUUACAUGAAAAGAAGAAAAUAUUUUACUUUAACACAUGUUAAGCAUAUAAGAUAUCAAAUCUUACAAAAAAAUGGAACAUUAAUAAAUAGUUUCAGGAGAAAGAUAACAUAGCAAAAAUAUAGAUUGUCAAUUUAAAUAAUAUAAAAUAAAAUUUAUGAAAAAUUAAAUUUUCCUGCAUUUAUUCUAUGAUUUGAAUAUGAGAAAAAUAAGGAAACACAUGAUGAAAAUAUCUUUCCAGAUUUUAUACAUAUAUACUAAUUAUUAUUUUGAUGAAAAACUCAUAAUUAUUUGGGUAUAUAUGUAUUUUGAUCAAAACUACAUAUUUGGGUAUAUACGUAUACAACUUUAUAUUCAGCUAAAAAUAGGAUUCUCAGUUGUUCACUGUGUUGGGUUUGGAUCAGCACGGCCCUUUAGCUAUGAACCCUCUUUAAAAUACUUAUAGCCCAUUAUCAACUUAAUUAUCUUAAACCGGAUCAUGUCCGGUCUGAUAUGGUGGUUAUGCAAACCGAAUCAAAUAAAACUGUCGACAGGUAUCCCAUUUAACUGCGCAGUGACUGACUUAUGCUAAUAUAAUUUACAAAUCUACCCUUCGCCUCCUUCCUUCUCCGUCUGACCAUCGAUCUCAAGCCGCCACGACUCUCCGGCUCCGAGGAACUCUACCGUCGAUUAAGCAGAAAAGCAGAAAUGGAAGAUGCAGCCUCUCCUAAUUCAGGUUCCGAUUUGAACCUCGGAGGGAAUCGCGGUAGAUCCAUCGAAGAAUGCCAGGACAUGAUCCAACGAAGCUUUCGAAGUAUAUAAGCCUCUCGUUUUCGUUUCAGCUUCUCAAUUCUUAGAUUCAUUGGUUGUUUGAUUAGAUCAAUCUAGGGGUUUAGGGUUUUAGAAUCACUCUAGAGAUCCAUUGAUUAGUUUCUAUGAACAUGUUCAUUUGAUGAUGAUAAUGAUGAUGAUGAUGAUGAUGGUAUAAUCUGUGAUUAGAUCCGAUCGUGAAGUUUCUGAUGGAGCAGCAAAAGACGCCAUGGAAGCAGUGUGGGAUACAUGUUACAAUGACACUAAACCUUUUGAUAGAGCUCCUUGAAGGUUAUACACCUCUUUAUACUCUCAAGUCUCAAGAGACUUACUUUUGCUUCUAAAAGAUGGAGAUAAAGCCAAAAAAAGGUUGGAUCAGCCAUUGAUUUUUGUUUUUUUCUUCCGGUAUUUAUUUCUCACUAUGGAUGAAUAGUUUGCUAUAAAUCUAACAUUACGAAAUAAAGCUUAAAAUGACAGAGGAGUUGAUCAGUGUGUCCUUGUCUAAAUUGUAGUUAUGUCUUUAACAAAAUAAAACUGUUUUGUAAUGACCGCUAAUGGAGGACAAGUCACAUUCUAAUUUUAGUAACUUCAGUUUCCUCCCUAGACUUGCCUAAUUUAAAGCAUAGCCUCAGCUUCUUCACAUUCAAAUCUCUUUAUAUAACCUUUAUGUUCUCAUCUAAUUCCUUCGAUACCAAAAGAAGAAAACUGAUUAACAAUGGCUGACGCAACCGAGAAAGCAGAGCACGACCGUGUUUUCAAGAAGUUUGAUGCUAACGGAGAUGGAAAAAUCUCUGCCACCGAGCUUGGAGAUGCUCUCAAGAACCUUGGCUCGGCCACACACGAUGACAUUAAGCGUAUGAUGGUCGAGAUUGAUACCGAUGGUGAUGGAUACAUAUCGUACCAAGAGUUUUCUGAUUUCGCAAGUGCUAAUCGUGGUCUCAUGAAAGAUGUUGCCAAAAUUUUCUAAGUGGAGUUUCAAAAUCUAUAAUUCACUUGAAAAUGAUUUGAGGAUUAAUCAUGUUUAAUUUGUUUUUGUAAUGGCAUAUCAUUUGAUUAAGUAUGUAUUUUUGGUUAUAAAAGUAUAAAAUGUAGUUAACUCAGUGAUAUAUUAAUAAUAUUUUCUCCGUUUUC